ACCCUCCGGCGAUGGAGACCCUCCCCUUUAAGGGAAGCCUGAUCCCGGGCCGUCUUCGUUUCGCGCGCCCGCCCGCAGCGCCGGCGGAGCGAACAUGGCCCAGGCUGCGCGGGCGCUGUGGCCGGUCGGGCACGCUCUGGCCUGGAGGCUGGGCGGUCGCCUCCCGUCGGGGCUCCCCGCGCAGAGUCGGGUCGGCUUCGCGGGAGCCGCGGGGGGCCCGGGCCCCGCGGCCACCGCCCGCAAGGGGAGCCCGCGGCUGCUGGGGGCGGCGGCGCUGGCCCUGGGGGGCGUCCUGGGGCUGUACCACACCGCGCGGUGGCACCUGCGCGCCCAGGACCUCCGCGCCCAGCGCUCUGCCGCGCAGCUCUCCCUGUCCAGCCGCCUGCAGCUGACUCUGUACCAGUACAAAACGUGUCCCUUCUGCAGCAAGGUCCGCGCCUUCCUCGACUUCCACGCCCUGCCCUACCAGGUGGUAGAAGUGAACCCUGUGCGCAGGGCCGAGAUCAAGUUCUCCUCCUACAGGAAGGUGCCCAUCCUGCUGGCCCAGGAAGGAGAGAGCUUGCAACAACUGAACGAUUCCUCUGUCAUCAUCAGCGCCCUCAAGACCUACCUGGUGUCCGGGCAGCCCCUGGAACACAUCGUCACCUACUAUCCAUCCAUUAAGGCUGUGAACGACCAGGGGAAGGAGGUGACCGAAUUCUUCAACAAGUACUGGCUCAUGCUGGAUGAGAAGGAGGCCCAGCGCAUGUAUGGUGGGAAGGAGGCCAGGAUGGAGGAGAUGAAGUGGCGGCAGUGGGCGGAUGACUGGUUGGUGCACCUGAUCUCCCCCAACGUGUAUCGCACUCCUGCCGAGGCCCUGGCCUCCUUCGACUACAUCGUCAGGGAGGGCAAGUUCGGGGCAUUGGAGGGUGCUGUGGCCAAGUACAUGGGGGCAGCGGCCAUGUACCUCAUCAGCAAGCGGCUCAAGAGCAGGCACCACCUCCAGGAUGACGUCCGUGAGGACCUCUAUGAGGCCGCCGACAAGUGGGUGGCGGCCGUGGGCAAAGACCGGCCCUUCAUGGGGGGUGAGAAGCCGAACCUGGCUGAUCUGGCAGUAUAUGGCGUGCUGCGCGUGAUGGAGGGCCUGGAGGCUUUCGAUGACCUGAUGCGUCACUCCCGCAUCCAGCCCUGGUACCUGCGGAUGGAGAAAGCCAUCGCUGAGGCCCCCCAGUGACCUGAGUGUCCCGGGAGGGGUGGAAGACAGCAGAAGACGCCGGCUGCCGGGGACCAGGACCGCUGGGUCAGCACUUGAUGCUGUGCAGUGGGGGACGGGACCGUUCUGCCUCUCGCCUGCCCCCACCCCUUCAGCCUCCCCCCCCGCCCCCGCUCCGGCUUCUAGCACUGGACACCUGCUGAGGCCUUGGGACGCUGGGGGACAAAAGCCAGGCUUGAUUUGUGUUCACAGCCCCCCUGAGGGGCACAGAAGGCUACCCCUCAGCCCCAGGUGGCUGACCCACCCCUGCCCCCUGUCCUGGGCCUCCCUGCGCUUCAGCUUUUCUCUGGGACUCUCAGUGGCCUCUCUGUCCACACCCUGGGGGUGGGAAUCGGGUCAGGCUCCUGCCCUGGACAGGGGAAGUAGGAAUAGUCUGGUUUAUGAGGGAUUUCAUCCCUGGCUCCUCCUGGUUCCGGCUCUUCCCACUGCCCCCGGGACUGGGUGUCAUGUUCGCAAUAAAGAAAAGGUUUGUUGCUCCCUUG